AUGAGCGUUGAGAGAUCAAGGACAAGCUAUUCUUCAUUAAAUGAAAUAAAUGGACUAGUUUUAGAUUAAGAAAAAGAAUACUACGAUCUGUUAAAUAUACAUAUUAAAUCCUUAGAUCAAAAAGAGCCUAUACAAAUAGACUUUAAUUCAGAAUUACAUAGCUUUUUACAUGCAAAUCUAUUGAAGCCUUUUGAUACCUAAACACUAAAAAUGAAAUAUUUAAAUGUUAUAUUAGAACCCAGGGUUGUAAAAAUCCUCAGAAUUUGCUUUUGGAAUAUUUUAUGCGGCAGAUUUCCUGAGACAGUGGAUAUUUUAGUCCAAGAAGAGGUAUAAAAAUAUUAUAAAAAGAAACUUAGCAGAUUAUAUAUUAAACUGCUGCAAUCGCUACCCUAACCUAAAGAUGAAUUGUUAAAUUAUGUUAUAUUCACUAUCUCUUACUUAAUACACUUUUGCUUCUAUAAGUAUUUUCCUCCUCAAAGAGAAUUUUUUGACUUUCGCUUCAUAUUGAAUUGCUAUCACACAGUUCUUUAUGAAUUCAAUGGGAUUCUUGUUAGUGAUAUUUUCGUAAAAAAUCAUAUUGAAAAAUAUUUUACAAAUAAGUUUCUUGAUUAUGAAAAAAAAAAUAUGAAAGAGUUGCUCUAAAGAUAAUUAGAGUUAAAAAAAUUAAACAAUAAAAAGUUUUUAGGAUUCCAUCUAAAUUUUCCUGAUAUUUCUACCAGUAAAGAUGGAUCUGAGUUUAAGGAUAAGAUUAUGACUUAUCUAAAAAAAGACAGAAGCAAGUAAUUACUUACUAUUAAUGAUAGGAAUAGCUCAAAUCAUUAGAGUACUACUCAUAUGGAAAGAAAUAGACCAAGAAAUAAGCUUUAUACAAAUUAGAUAGACAGCAGUGGCUAUUUUUCAAUAAAUUAAACAAAAUUAAGGACUGAAAGCGAUUCAGCUCUAAAUAGCUUGAGGUUGAAUUGUAAUUAAGUAAGUCCUACGAUAGGAAUGCUGCUAGAAUAUGAAGAUCUUAACUUACCUUUUAAGAAGAAAAAAAUGAUAAAGCAUGUAUUUGAAAAAAUAGAUGAAAGUCAAUAAGAUAUGAUCAAUAAAAUGAAGAUGAUGUAUUAAGAUAAAGAAGUAAUCAAAAAGAAAGAUGUAAAAGUAAACUAAAGAGGGAGAACUUUAAUUGAUCAAUAUGAUUUGAGAGCUCCUCCAAAAGAGUAUUAUAUGAAGCAUUAAAAAUUACAAAAAUAUUUUAAAGAUAUGUUAGACAUUAAUUAUGUCUUAACAGAAAAAGCAGAUUAGAUGAGCUAGCUGCCUUCGUCUAUAGAGAUCUUGAAAUUCUAUAACAAUAAGAUUGCUGGUUAAUUUCAGCAAAAUUAAGAGGAAAAAGUUCUAAAUGAUAAGCUGGCUAACCAACAAAAAUAAAAUUAAUUUUUCGAAAAUAUGAAAAAAGAAUAAGGUUAAUAAGAUGUUUUUGAACUGCCAAAUGAUUCAAAUAAAUAAAUUAAAGGAAGAUUAGAGGGGUUGUCAUUAGCAACUUCAUUACCUUCAUUGAUAAAUUAAAAAAAUCACACAAAUAGAGAAGGAAAUCAAUUAGUUUAAGAUGAAAUUUUAACUAAAAAAUCAAUAAUAAAUUAAUCUAAUUUUUAUCCUUCUUAACCUCCACUUUCGAAAGAUUACUCUGUUUCAACAUUUGUAUCUCCUAAAAAUGAUAGCUAAUUAAAGUUAGAUAAUGAAUCUCCCACUAAGAACUAACAUUCUAAAAAGCCUUAGUUUUUUGAAGAAAAUCCUUAAUAAGAAUAAUAAACAUAAGAUAACGAACUUUAUGACACAGUAGAAAACCACAGAAAAAUUAAAUCAAGGGUUAUGCAAAAAGAGGAAGUUAUUAAACCUUCUCAUCAUGGCAAUUUACCAGAAUAUAUUCUUAAUAGAUCACUUGAUCCGUAAAUUAUGUAUGAAGAUAAAAGAAAAGAUUAUAUAAAUAAAUACAAAUAAAUAUUUGAUAAGAUCAGUGUAGAUUAAAAUAUCGAUGAUCUGCAACACAAAAUUCUUUUAAAAUAGAAUCUUAUGUCACAUGGAGUAAAGAAGAAACACUGA